AAAGCCCACACGGUUUCCCAUCAGAGCACAGCCCUCGGUCACAUGGUUCACUGUGCUGGUUUCACCCAGGAUACACAGAGGGAGACUAACGACACAGGACGCAGAGGGAAAUAUCAACAAGCUUCUCCUAGAACAACAAAAAAGCGCGUGUAGAGACUUUUGUCCGCAUUGGGAAACGACUUGCACAUGUUUGUGAGAUUUUGUAGCGCUAUGAAGUGAAACUCCGCCAUAUUCAGCUCACCACGCCCGGAGCUCCGCUAAAAGGGAUACAAAAAAAACUCCAUUCUUCUAAAGUUGUUGCACAAACUUAAUUUCCUCUUCACAGGAGAGGAACAAGGGGAAGUGCUAUCGAGCAGGAAUGACGCUGAGCUCCGUGGGGGCUUGCUGCCUCAGCCCGGAGGCCAAAGAGGCUCGCAGGAUCAACGAUGAGAUUGAGAGGCAGCUCCGCCGGGACAAGAGGGACUCCAGGCGGGAGUACAAGCUCCUACUCCUCGGAACGGGUGAAAGUGGAAAGAGUACUUUCAUAAAGCAGAUGAGGAUCAUCCACGGCCGUGGAUACUCUGAUGAGGACAAGAGAGGCUUCACCAGGCUGGUCUACCAGAACAUUUUCACUGCCAUGCAGGCAAUGAUCCAGGCCAUGAACACAUUACAGAUCCCCUACAAGCACGAAAACAACAAGGCAAACGCCAGUAUUGUCAAUGCAGUUCAUGUGGAGAAAGUCACAACGUUAACAAACCCGUAUGUGGAAGCCAUCAAGAGACUGUGGAGUGACCCUGGGAUUCAGGAAUGUUACAGUCGGAGGAGGGAAUACCAGCUCUCCGACUCGGCCAAAUACUAUCUGAACGACUUGGACCGAAUUGCUGAUACGGCUUAUCUGCCAACCCAACAAGAUGUCCUGAGGGUCAGAGUGCCCACGACGGGUAUCAUUGAGUAUCCCUUUGACCUGCAGAAUGUGGUGUUCAGGAUGGUGGAUGUGGGUGGCCAGCGUUCAGAGAGAAGGAAGUGGAUUCACUGUUUUGAAAAUGUAACGUCCAUCAUGUUCCUGGUCGCACUCAGUGAGUACGAUCAGGUCCUUGUGGAGUCUGUGAAUGAGAACCGUAUGGAGGAAAGCAUGGCCUUGUUCCAGACCAUCAUAAACUACGAGUGGUUCAAAGACUCCUCAGUCAUCUUGUUCCUCAACAAGAUUGAUUUACUGGAGGAGAAAAUCAUGCACUCUCAUUUGGUUGACUACUUCCCUGAAUAUGAUGGCCCCCAGCAAGAUUUGAAAGCAGGGAAAGAUUUCAUCCUAGAUAUGUUUGUGAGUCUCAAUCCCAAUGAGAAAAAAAUCAUCUACUCCCACUUCACCUGCGCCACAGACACAGACAACAUUCGAUUUGUCUUCCGCGCUGUGAAGGACCACAUCUUGCAGGGCAACCUAGAAGUCUACAACCUGGUUUAAGGCAGCGUUUGUUGCUGCUGUAAUUCAAUCGUGUGUGUACAGCUGGCAGCCAGGAGAGCCCUGCAGUGAUUCAGUCUGCCUCACACUGCUGCUGAACACUGAAAUCCUAAACAGGAAAUUGAGAAGCUACAGAGCUUGUCGCCAAAUGACUUUACCACUGGUGUAUUUCAAAUUUUCCUGCUAGGUUCUCUGGAAAUGGAUGUCUCCGGCUAUAAUGAAGUGUGUCCUGACAAUUAAAGUGCUGCCUUAGUGAGGAGUCUAUUAUAGUGAGCGCUCUGAAAUUUAUGGAGCUCUUUGUGAACGUUUUGGAGCUGUAACAGUAUAAAUGCAGACAGAUGGAUUGAGAGGGCAAGAAAGUAUUUCAGUGGCCUGCAAUGCCUUUGGACUUUAAAUGUACCAGGUCUCUUCUUCAGGGAAAUAGUGGAAGUGAAUGUAGAGUAACUGCAAUGCAGCGGCUCAUAUCAUUGACACAGGUAGCUUCUCUUUUUUUAGUUGAAACAGUUUAAAUACUCUAAACUAGCUUGUGUUUUGACUUAAAGGGGAAAUGAGCAAGGAUUAACACUAAUGACACUGAAAUUGAGUUGCACACUGUACUGCUCUUUACAUUUAUAAUUUACUUGGAUUUUGUGUGUGUGUGUGCUUCACUUACUCGGGUAUCACAUUUCCACAACCUCAUUUCAUGUCUCACCAGACUUUGUAUAUUCAUCUAUAAUGGCAUUAUUCAGACUUCAACCACUUUCUAUGAGCACAAUAUUCAUGAAUUGUUAUGUAAUAUAACACACUUUUCAAAGGGAAUCCUACUGUUUCUGCUACUUAAGCAUUCCUUUUAUUUUGUCCAAGCCGUAGAAUCAAGUGUUUUACUGUUCAGGGGCUAUUUUUUUUUUAUUUCAAGCAUUUCUCUCUCCUUCAAAUAAUUUUAUGGAAUGACUUUAUUGAAUAAUCUUUUAUGAUUAUUUCAUUUGGUGCAUGUUGUAAAUAUCACGUUACAGUUAUAUUUUCCCAUCACUUAAAUCAAAGUUCAGUGUUGAUAGGCUAACUGCUGAAGAAAAAACUGCUAUGUUAAAUAAAUAAUCUCUGAGGUAUUAAACUAAUGCAUUCUUGUUCUUCAUUCAUACGCUGUUAAAGGGAAUAAGAAGCUAAUGAGAUUGCAUCCACAGCACUAAUGUUUACACAACCCUUCUCUCCUAAUUACAGCCUACUUUAAACUGUUUAAUUUAUACACUGUCACUGUGAUAUCUUUAUGCAGUCUUUAAUUUGAUUGGAUGAAUAAACAGAUAUUUUGCUGUUCA